GAAAGGAAGAAUUAACUGGUCUUUCAACUUCAGCCUUUUUAUUGUGAGGGAAGAUCACAGAAGUGUUACCAUGGGGAAAACAGCAGCUAAAGAUUCAAAGAGUAUUAAAAAAGAGAAACAUGGAAAGAAUCAGCAGGCAAACAACCCAUCUUUAAAAAGUGAACAGUUUAAUUGGGAUGAUUAUCUGAAAGAGACUGAAUCAGUAGCUGCCCCUCUACAUUGUUUCAGACAGUCCAGAAUUCCCCCUACGAAUGAUUUCAAAGUUGGUAUGAAACUGGAAGCCCGUGACCCUCGCAAUGUCACCUCGGUUUGUAUAGCCACGGUAAUUGGAAUCACCGGUGCCAGGUUGAGGUUGCGACUCGAUGGAAGUGACAACAAAAAUGACUUUUGGAGGCUUGUGGAUUCCUUGGACAUACAGCCAAUCGGCACCUGUGAAAAGAAAGGGGGAAUGCUCCAGCCUCCUCUUGGAUUCCAGAUGAAUGCAUCUUCUUGGCCAAUGUUUCUCUUAAGAACGCUGAAUGGAGCUGAAAUGGCGCCUGCAGCUUUCUUUAAGAAGGAACCACCAAAGCCUGCACCAAAUUCUUUUAAAGUUGGGAUGAAACUUGAAGCUAUAGACAGAAAGAACCCCUACUUAAUUUGCCCAGCAACCAUUGGAGAUGUUAAAGGAGAUGAAGUUUUCGUUACAUUUGAUGGCUGGAGAGGAGCAUUUGACUACUGGUGCAGAUACGAUUCUCGAGAUAUUUUCCCAGUCGGAUGGUGUAGCUUGACAGGAGAUGCAUUACAGCCACCAGGGAGCAAUGUUUCCAUUACAAAGAGCAGUGCAAAAAUCCAAUCUUCCCCUUCCAAAGUGACCCGACGUUCAAUGCAGUCUCCACAGAAAUCUGCUCCAGUACCGGCGCAACGGGGCAGGAAGCCAGGUCGGGGCAAACCCCCUGGACAGUCUGCAGUUCCCAAGAAGGGCAGGUCUCCUAAAAAUAUUCCCCUGACAAAAAGCACCUCUCAUACUGAGAAUCUUAAAACAAGGAAAAAAAGUUUAAAACCUGGAAAAAAGAAAAAAAAUCCGCCAGAACAACAGACACCUGCACCACUACCGCCUCUUUCUUCUUCUGAUGGGGACAGUAGCACAAAGCAGAUGCUAAAAGAUGGACUUAGUUUGUCUGGGACAACUGCAGCAGUUAUAUCCACAGUGUGUGUGUAUGUCAACAAGCAUGGGAACUCUGGGCCUCAUCUGGAUAAGAUGCAGCAGGCUGUACAGGCUUGUGUGGAUUGUGCCUAUCAAUCCAAAACAGUGUUUGGAUUUCUGAAAUCCGGCCAUCAUGGAGGGGAAAUGAUAACUGCUUCCUUUGAUGGGGAGAAACAUGCCAUCAAUCUUCCCGCUGUAAACAGUGCAUCGUUCGUCCUUCGCUUCUUGGAGAAGCUCUGCCACAGCCUGCAGUGUGAUAAUCUCUUUAGCAGCCAACCUUUCAGCCCUUACAUGGGAUGUGCACACAGCCCUACGGAAUACGAUAGGAACAAACCAGCAAAAGAAGAAAUAUCUGAAAACAGAGGUGCUAAACGAUAUUCUCAGGACUCUCCACCAUAUACUGCCCCUCUUUCCCCUAAGCUUCCCAGAAAUGAUGCUCAUCCAUCUGAAGCAGAGACGUUACCUAUAGAAGAAAACAGCACUUCCAAAGAACACCGGUUUUCUGAGGACUCUAUGGAUUCUGCCCUGAAUUCGGUAAAUCCUUCAAGCCCAGCGCGCCGAAACUCCACGGAAUACCGUGCGGCAGGGAGCGCGCCGCACUACAGGAGCUCCCUUCAGCCGGGCACUGCUACCUCGCGCUCGUUCCCUGCCCUCCGCCGGCUCUCCCUGAGCUCUGCUGGGAACUGCAGUUACUACGAAGUUAGCAGGAGCCGCAUGCAGAGGCGGAUUGAAGCUGCAAGUUCUACCACUGGACCAGAUCUGAACGCACUAAAGAGAGAACCUUCAAGAAUAUUGAAUAAGGAUCCUUCGGCCUGGUCAAUAGAGGAAGUAAUGCGCUUUGUGAAAGAAGCUGAUCCACAGGCACUAGCUCCACAUGCAGAGCUCUUUAGGAGACAUGAAAUUGAUGGGAAGGCACUACUGCUACUGAGGAGUGAUAUGAUAAUGAAAUAUAUGGGACUGAAGCUGGGGCCUGCACUAAAGCUGUGCUACCACAUUGAAAGACUUAAGCAAGGAAAGUACUAGCUAACAGGGAUACCACAACGUGUGUUCGUGUCACACUAAUCUCUCAGGUUCAUAGUCAUUUUCUUUAUUUUAAAAUGUUUUGCUGCCAUAAACCAUCUUUAGUUUUUGGAAGUUCUCUAAAAUUG